AUGACAACAUUUAUUAUUUAUUUUGUCUCUAUCGUUGCGUUUGUUUUUACUAUAAUACAGUUUUUCACGGGAAUACCGAUUUGUCUACAAAUCUACAGACAAGGUCAUGUUGGUGACAUUUCCGGAUUUCCAUUCCUUAUGGGUACUUUGGUAUUGCCAUUCUGGCUUCGAUAUGGUUUUCUCCGAAAUGAUGUAAUGUUGAUUUCAAUCAACUGUGCCGGAAUACCCAUUGCGGUUUUCAAUGCGAUGUUUUUCCUGUACUUUUCAAAACCGAAAAAAUACUACAUGACACAACUAUCUAUCGUGACAAUUAUAAUCUUGACAAUGCUUAUGUUAAUUCAUUUUAAUCCAAACGUGCAGUUUCUUGGAUUCGUUUGCAUUGUUCUCAACCUCAUCACUUUCGGCUCCCCGUUAGCUGGACUAAGAGUAGUGCUCAGAGAUCGGGAAGUGAUCACUCUUCCCUUUGUUUUAUGUCUUGUGCAGUUGAUAGUGCAAUGUCUAUGGAAUUUGUAUGGAAUUCUGAUACAGGACUUUUUUCUUGUGAUUCCGACGGCUGUUGGAAUAAUGAUUAGUCUUGUUCAACUUUCAUUAUUCCUCAUUUUUCCAAGAAAAAGAGACGGAUAUAGUCCAAUGGCAAAAGUGGCACGGUGUGUUUUCGGAAGUUCAAAUAAUCGAAAAGAAGUACCUGAUGAGCCACAGAAAAUUGUUGUUGAAUCUAAUACAGUGUAUUAAAAAAUCAAUGUAAUUUUGCAAUGAAGAUAUU